AUGGGAGGCGAAGGGAAGGGAAGGACCCGAGGCGCUUGGGCGGAAGGGCCACAGGCCCGCAGCCGCCGCGGCUCUGUCCGGCUGCGGCCUUCGGAGGAGGCGGGGGAGGGGGCGGCCGGCUCCCGCGCGGCUUGGGGUCCCUCGGGCUGCCUAGGGGCGCCUGGUCUCUCACCCCAGCCCCGCCCACCUGCAGGGGACCGCGGUAGCGAGGGUGGAUUCCAGGAGGGGGAGGCGAGAGGGGCCACCAUCGUCCCGGGUGGCGCGCGGCCCCGCGACUCCCUCCUUACCUGCCCUCGGCUGCCGCGGCUCUUCACCAUCUACCUCGCGCCCUCACCGAGACCCGCGGGCAGCCAACCUGCAAAACGGAGGCGCACAGGUGUUACCCCGGCGGCGGGGCUAGGACCCCAGCUGCGCCCUGGGCCCCAGUGCUUCCUCCGUUCCCCACAACCUGCGGCCACCGCGGGCGGCUCGUGCGGGCUCGGGCUGCUGAGCCGGAGCCUGGGAUGGGGUGCAGCUCUCGGCGCUCAGGGCGCCCCGGGGCGCCCUGGGACUCUGGCGCCCAGAAAGAGCGCCGGCUGGGGAGACGCCGCCACUUCCCAGCUGCUCAGCGUCUCCAGGGGCUCUCAGGCAGUCCCCACCAAAGUCUCUCCAGGUCUGCACCUACAAAGGACAGUCCGGUGGGAAAUGUGGCCACACACUCCGAUCCCCCUCACUUCAUUUUCUACACAUUCCUGGAGGAGCCUCCUCGAAAUAAUUUCCCCGGAUUGUUCGUACUGGCGGACCCCAGGUUCCAGCCGAAUAAACUUGCCGAGAUCGUCUACCUGUGUGUACUUUCCAAAGCGAGAGGAAAGAAUAUUUUCGGCCCAACCCCGAACAAGGCGGGUGAAAAGUUUGAACCACAGUGUGUGCGUGGGUGAGUUCGGCAGCCGCUGGGAGCAAGGUAGAGCGGAGCACGGGGACGCCCAGGCCGCGCGGUCCGCUGCAGUCGCUGACCGGGCGCGGGGCGACCAGAAGGAAGGGGGGAGCCCGCUGAGUGAAAAGGGGCUGCGACUGCCGCUCAUCAAAGUGCUUCUCCCCUCCCCCACGCGACACUUUUCUUUGGAGUCCGAAUAAAAUACGGUAACAGAA